AUGGGGGGGCUGAAGCUCACGUUCAAGCUCGGGCCGAAGAAGCCGCCCGCGGAUGGCGACGGCGACAAACCGCCCCCCUCCGGCGGCGGCGGCGGCGGCGACCUCGCCGCGCUCAAGGCGAAGCUCGAGCGCGAGCAAGCGCAGCUGAGGAGCGCGCUCGAGAAGGAGGCCAAGGCGAAGGCGGCGAAGGGCGCGGUCGCCGCGGCCGCGAAAGCGGUCGCGUCCGACGCCCCCGCGCCCGUGAUCCGCGGCGUCCCGAAAGCGCUCGUCAUGAAGGGCGUCCCGAAAGCGCUCGGCGGCGGCGGCGGGUCCGCGAACGCGGCGACGAAGGAAAAGAUCCACGCCGUCGCGGACGGGAAAGUCGGCAAGAAGAAGACGAAGAAGCCCGUCGUCGCGAACGCGGCGGUCGCGGGCGCGGCGGCGGGCGCGGGUUUAAAAGUCAAGAUCGUGAAGCGAUCCGGCGUCGGCGCGAGCGGGCUGAGCGGCGGCUCCGCGGCGGCCGCGGCCGCGGCCGCGCUCGCGUCGGACGCGGCGAAGGCGAAUCGAUCCGCCGCGCCGCCGCCGCCGCCGAUAGGGGACGCGUCCGGGAAGAAACGAUGGCGCGACGAGGACGACUGGGACGACGCGGAGCCGUCCACGAGCGCGCAGCAAUCUCAGCAGCAGUCGCAGCAGCCGAGCGCGGCCGUUCCGGCGUUCAACGAGCCCGCCCCCAAGAGCGGCGCGAUGUUAGACGUCGUGAAGAAGCUCCAGGCGAAGGACAAGCAGGGCGUCUUCGCGGAGCCCGUCACGGAGGCCAUCGCGCCGGGGUACUUCGCGCUCAUACCGACGCCCAUGGACUUCAGGACCGUGAAAGAGAACGUGCGUCUCGGGAAGUACACCGCGUGGGAUCUGUUCGUGACGGACGUGGAGCAGAUUUACGCCAACGCGAUGGCGUAUAAUCUCCCCGGGACGGUGUUCCACGUUCUCGCGGCGAAGACGUCGGAACAGUCGAAGAAAAUCAUCAACGCCGCGAGGAACGCGGCGCUGACGCCCAAGGAGAAGAGAGCGCGGAUGGCGCACACGGCGUCGCUGGCGUCGCUGGGCGGCGCGGGAGGGAGCGUGAUGACGCUGACGGAGAGCGACGCGCCGUCGGCGUCGAGAGGCGGGGGGACGACGUCGGCGGGAGGGACCGGCACGGGCGCCGGCGACGACGACGACGACGACGACGACGACGACGACGGCGACGGCGACGGCGACGACGAGGCCGGCGGGGGGAUGAUGGGCCGCGAGGGCGCCGACGGCGGGAGCCGGUGGAAGAAGAAGAAGCAGAUCGUGUUCAAACGGCACACGUUCGCCGAGCGAAGUCUGCCGAGCGCGAUCCCGAGCCUCUCGAGCCUCGGAGCCGCGGACCCGCCGCCGACGCCGCAGACGCUCGUGCACCCGACGCCGAUGUACUUCCAGGCCCUGAUGCUGCCGAGCGCGUACGCGGACGGUCUGAAGGCGUGGGGCGACGGCAUGAAAGGCCGCGCGAGGAGAGUCGCGACGCGUCUUUCCGAGGCGAUGCGGAAGAUCAUUCCGCCGCCGCCGCCGCCGAAACCGCCGACGCCGGAGCCCGCGACGCGACCCGAGCAGAUCCCGAUGGCGGGGAUCGACGACGACGAGAGCGACGACGACGACGGCGGGGGCCAGACGAUCGCGUCCAUGGCCGCUGCCGCGCGGUCGCAGGUCGCGCGGCCGGCCGGGCCGUCCGCGGCGGUGGUCGCGCUCGCCAACGCGGCGGCGGCGGCGGCUAAACGCGCGGCGGCGGCGGCGAAGCAAGCCGCGUCCGUCGCCGCGGGGACGACGCCCGUCGGCGCGAGCGGGGACCCGUUGACGCACGUGAACCGCGCGUUCGGCGUCGCCGCCAGCGCGGGGCUCACGGGGACGAUGCGCGCGGUGCACAGGAACUGGGAGAGGGAGAUGCACAAGGCGCGCGGGCCGCCGCCGCCGCCGCUGCGCGACGCGUCCGCGGCGGGGCCGCCGUGACGCGGCGGCGGCGGCGGCGGCGGCGGCGGACGCGUCGCGGUUCGUUCGUAGGGUUGGUCGGUUUGGUUUGGUUUGGUUAUAAAGAGAGCUAGAUCGC